GGGGGCGGGCGCGGCUUCCCGGCGGCGGGGGCUCAUUGGUCGCGGCAGGGCAGCGUGGGAGGAGGCCCAGAGGCGAGCUGGCUUUCUCCUGGCCACUCGCCGGGGUGAGGGGAAGCCGGAGGAGCCCGGGAGGAAGCGGAGGCGCGGGCUGGAGGCGGCGGGGCCCGUCGGCCUCCGGCAGGACUGACCGCGGGAGGCCGGAAGGCGGGCGCGCGGCGGAGAGGCGGGAGGGAGGCCGGAGCAUAUUUAAUGAAAAACGCCAUAGACUGAAAAAUCAAACAUGAGGGUAGCAGGUGCUGCGAAGCUGGUGGUAGCUGUGGCAGUAUUUUUACUAACAUUUUAUGUCAUUUCUCAAGUAUUUGAAAUUAAAAUGGAUGCAAGUUUAGGAAAUCUAUUUGCAAGGUCACCACUGGACCCAGGUGCCCGCUCUACAAAGCCUCCCAGAUAUAAAUGUGGAAUUUCAAAAGCUUGCCCUGAGAAGCAUUUUGCUUUUAAAAUGGCAAGUGGAGCGGCCAAUGUUGUGGGACCCAAAAUCUGCCUGGAAGACAAUGUUUUAAUGAGUGGUGUUAAGAAUAAUGUUGGAAGAGGAAUUAAUGUUGCCUUAGUAAAUGGAAAAACAGGAGAAGUAUUAGACACUAAAUACUUUGACAUGUGGGGAGGAGAUGUGGCACCAUUUAUUGAGUUUCUGAAGGCCAUACAAGAUGGAACAAUAGUCUUGAUGGGAACAUACGAUGAUGGAGCAACCAAACUCAACGAUGAGGCGCGGCGGCUCAUUGCUGAACUGGGGAGUACAUCUAUUACUAAUCUUGGUUUUAGAGACAACUGGGUCUUCUGUGGUGGGAAGGGCAUUAAGACAAAAAGCCCUUUUGAACAGCACAUAAAGAACAAUAAGGACACAAACAAAUACGAAGGAUGGCCCGAAGUUGUGGAGAUGGAGGGCUGCAUCCCUCAGAAGCAAGAUUAAUGGAGAAAACGCACCUUCACUGCUGGAGAGUGAGAAAGCAGCACCGACGUGUAAAUAUUUUAAGAGCAUGCAGCCAUCCUGGUGUGUGCAUGAGCAUUGUCUCUUUUGAUAUCUGGAUUAUUUAUUGCUAACGUAAAUAGAUAGCAUUGUAAAUAGCCAUCAUAAGGAGCAGACACUGAACCAUUUCUAAGCACAUUCCCCUAAAGGCACAAUGCUUAGAUUGCAGUGAUGACGUAGUUCAAUUCUAAAAGCAUACCCAGUGGAUAAUCGAACAAAUUGUGAUACUUGUGCUGAUUGCUGUGAAAAAUCUAUCAUGGAAUAAUAUGGAUUUUAGAGAAAAGACUUUUUUUUUUUUUUUACAUACAUAUGUUGCCUUGUGAUGACAAUAUCUUUUAAAUUAAAAAGAGAUUUGGCUAGUUGUGUGAGUGAUGUUCCUUUACCGUCUGACUCUCCUGAUGUACCCGUUUCAUAGUCUGUCCUCUGCCCUUCCCAAGAAAUGAAGAAAUAAAAUGUUUGAUGCGAAAACGUGUGUCAGAUGUGAAAAGCACAACAAAAUUAUUUUUUAAAUGUACACAGUAAAGAGUAAAUGUGUAAAGGUAGAUGACAUGUAAAACCAUGGAUAGCUUGCUGGAUUUUGUAUAAGCUACAGUGAAGCUCCACAGGUGGCAACUCCCCAGAUCUGGGGGACCGGGCGAAGGCCCUCCCCAGCCCAGUUAGAUCAUUCAGGACAGCUGAGUCAGUAUAUUUAGAGCGAUACGUUUUCCUUAUUUGUUAUCAGCAUCGACCAUGUGGUUUGGAAAAAGGCAUGCUUUAGUAUCACAACAAUUUUGAUUAGUAAACCGGGUUAAUUCUGUAUUUAAUUUGUCUAACUUCAUAAUAGGAAUUAUUGCCUAAAGCUAUAAUGGCAUAUUUAGAAAACUCCUAGUUACUGGGUAAGCUUAAAACAUUCAAAACACAAUUUUAUUGGACCCAAAAUAACUUUAUACCCAAUUCUACAUAAAAAUAUAGGAGAUCUAACUUUUUUGUGAACUGUAGAUAUUCACUAAAUAACUGAUUUUCUUUUAAUUUUAUUAAUUCUUUUAAUAAUUAUAUACAUGUUGUACAUGAAGUAUCUUAAACUGGAACAUAAACAAAUUGAAUGGUCAAGCUGCCCUUCAUAAUAUAAGGCAGCACUUCAGUUUGGAACCUAAAUUUUAGAAGGUUUGUAUAAAGAAAACAUAAAAACAGUAUUUGUUAUUUGACUGUGAAACAAGUUGGAAGCUAUUCAGCCAGUUCUUAAAUAUUAAUGAAUCUUGGGGUACUGUGUCUUCCCUCAAAUUGAAUGUAAUUCCUGAGUAAAUGCACCUUGUAGUUUAAACAAGUUUUGUAAACUUUUUGGAUUUUUGGUGCUUAUAUGCUAAAUCAUGUUCGUUGUGUAUAUUUUGACAUUUAAAAUGCUUCCCUUGACUCUGUAAACUGAAAGAAUAGCUAUUUUACAGUUCCAGGGAUUGUGAAAUGUUGCUUUUUUUUUAAAAAUAAUGAAAA